UGGGGGACCGGAAGCAGAGCGGUGUGUUUCCGGUUCCGGUUCGUCACUGUGGUGUUGUGUUUGUGGGCUCCAGCUGCAGAAGCCUCCGGGUCUGUUUUUAUCGUCUCUUUGUUAUUUUGUAGCCGCUCAGAUGUACCGAGCUCCGCUCAGACCUCAGCGGAGUCCCGGAGCUCCGCGGCCGGCUGGAAGGUUCCCCUCCCCGUCCUCCUGCUGGGGUUUCCCCGGGGCUCGCUCCCCCUACGGAGGCUCCGGACACCGCGGAGGAUCUCCCCGGGGCGGCCCCGCUUACUCUCCGGGCUCUCCGGUCUAUUCCCCGGGUUCUAACCGGGGAUACAGAGACGGUUCUCCGUUCUCGGGGUUCGGCGGCGGGUCCCGCGGAGGGCAGAUGUGGGGCAGGGGGGCCGGUUUCCGGCGGCCUCAGUCCUUCAGUCCCGCCUCAGCUCCAAACUUCCAGUCUGGCUCUUCAGUGGAGAAAUAUUUCAGUCCGUCGAUGCUGCAGGAUCCCUGGGCAGCUCUGCAGGCCGACACACAACCUGACAGGAAGCAGGAAACAGGAAGCAGGAAACAGGAAGCAGGCGGCAGCAUCCUGACGUCCUGACAGGAAACAGGAAGCAGGAAACAACAGGAACAAUAAACAACAAGACUCAUCAGCAGGAAACAACCUUCUGAGCGCGCUCAGUCACCAGCAGUCUCUGCUUCUCGGCAGCUUCGUGAUCGAAAUGAUUUCAGGGAUCAAACGCUUUGAUGUUUUUUUAACCGAAUGUUUUCUAACAGUUUUUAAACUCACUCACUUUCUUCUUCGUGUGUUUUAUUCAGACUGUUUGUAAAAACAAAGUUCAGUUUGUUUUAUUUUUGAAAAUAAAAAAUGGAAAACUUUAGUUUUAAA